CUCGCCGGCUUGGGGCUUCAAGACAGGUCGCUGUCCGAUGGCAGAGCGACGACCUGGGGAGGAGCACGUGCUGUUCGGUAUGGCGGGCCGGGUAGAUCUUGAACUGGCGUCCGUCAUCCUUGAGGAGUGGCUGCCGCAGGCGCAACGCUGGCGAGCGCAGGUUGUGUCCACCGGCGAGCGGAUCCAGGUCCGGCCGGCGAAGCUGAAAACAGAAAUCGAUGCGGCUGCCGCAGCUAGCGCGCGGGCCGCCGAUGCGGCUGCCGCUGUGGCUGCUGCAGCCAGGGAGCAUGCAGAAGACGACUUGUAUCAGGCCUGCCUCAACGGUGACGUAGAGCUGCUGAGUGGUGCGCUCGCUCGUGGAGCGUCCCCCAAUCUGAUGAUCUUCAAUAGCUGGGCGGAGGUGCCCAACGGGCCAGAACUCUACGAGGAGUGCGUCAGCGUCACAUACCUCGCGUGCGCUUGCGACGUCAGCAACCGCGAGCGCGUGGCAUCACCCGCCGAAGCGGCGAGGCGAGGAGCCUGUGUGAGGAGAUUGCUCGACUUCGGCGCUGACAUUUCGCACACUGAGCGAAACAAUGGUGCAGAGGGCGGAUGCGGACGCUCGUACACUCGCUUGGAUUGCGUACAUCCCAACAACAUCAUGUACGUCUGCGUCCGCCGCAAACUGGCUCUGUGCCUCGAAUACCUCCUGUCGUCGCUGCCCCCCGAGCGCCGCAGCGAGUGGCUCGGCCUUUGCGAGAAUGCUUGGUGCUGCCUGCUAACGCGCGCCAUCGAAUGUUCGUCCUACGCGUGCUUGCGAUUGCUUCUCGCCGCGGGCGCGGAUCCGAACGUGAAGCCCGACCGGACCAGGCCGCUGCUGCAACUAGUCGCGAUGAAGGAUGUGCCGGAGGAGAGCGGGGAGUCGCCGCUGGCGAUCCUCCAGUUGCUCUCAUCCCAUGGUGCGAGUCGCGCCUCCGUCGAGUCCCACUCUCUCUACACCGAAGAGACCGGGCGCAUCAGCCUUCCCGGCGACCCGAGGGUGACGGCCGAACGAAUCCUCCGAUUACGCAUCCAGGCAAUGGAGGCGGCGCAGGGCCCUCCGCCGCCGGCGCUCGCACGGGCCAACGCCGCCCUUGAUUGGCUGCAGACGAGCAGCGAGUGGUCGACGCCGCUGCACCACGUCGCGCUCAUCGGCGCUACGCGCGCGCGCAAGCUGCUCCGCGGCGGCGCUGACGUGCACGCGAGCAGCGGGGACGGGCCGUCACCACUCUCGCUGGCGAAUGACCUACAUGCCGCGGGACAUGCUGCCGCCGGGCCUCUCGGUGACCAGCAUGUGUGCGAGGUGGCCCGCCUCGUGCGCGCCGCGGCGGAGCCGUGGACGCCACAGACUCACGAGCUCUUUCCAGACGCGGCGCGAGCGCACGCGUGCGACUUGCUGUGGCCGCUCGCUCGCCUCGCCAACGACCCGCGCCUCGCCGGCGGCCCACCGCAAAGUGCCUUUGUCCACGCCGUCCUCAGCCACGCUAUCACACGCGGAAGGCCGAUCGCGUAGCUCAUGAGACAGGGUGCGUCGACGGAAGAGAGGUGUGAGAGCGACGGGACGGGGGUGUGAGCAUUCUUUUAGAGCGAGAGUAGCUACGCAGAGUAACGGUGCUCACAUAGUUGAUUAUGUACCAGUAGUAAUUACGGC